CUGUCGCGCUGUGCCAUGGCGUCUCGCAGCGCUGCGCUCCCGCGCCGCAGCCAGCGCUCCGCAUGUACCCCGCUGCAACAAUCCUAUGAUGUUAAAUCUUCAGAUGCACUGAAAAGUUCUCUGUCCUCUGAAACAUGUCAACCAGUUAGGAAGCAGAAAAGUGAGACAAAUCUGAGCAGUGAGAAGAGUGCACCUACCCCUAUAACUGUCAGGAGGCUCACGUCUCUCGGAUCAACACCUGCUAAUGGGACUCUGAAGCCUAAAAAAGAUGUUCUCCUUAUGAAAGAGAAAAAGAAACAGAAGGCACUGGAGAAGGAGAUUCGUGCAUUAGUGAGAGAACGUGGAGAGCAGGAUAAAAAACUUCAGGCUCUGGUUGAGGAUUUUGUUAAGAAUGAAGCAAAGCUGAGUGCUGCAGUUCAGGAGAAAACAUCUCUCUUGGCAAAUGUUGCAUGCCUGAAAAAACAGCUUCUGGAACUAACAAGAACCAAUGAACUACUCAAGUCAAAGCUGUCUGAAGAUGGUGCGCAGAAGAAAAUGAGCAGCCUAUGCAUGGAGUUAAUGAAGCUCAGAAACAAGAGGGAUGCUAAGGAAAAGACUGCACUUGCAAAGCAGGAAGACAUGGAAAUGAAGCUGCAGGAAGUACAAAGGAAUCUAGAGCAUUCAAAAGGAGAAGUAGCACAGUUGCAAGAAAAACUGUCUGCUACUGAGAGAGAGAAAGUUGAAGACAAGUCAGACACUGAAAAACUUUUGGAAUAUGUCACAGAGCUCAGUAGUGUUGUGGAAACAGUUGAUAAGUACAAGCUAGAUGUUGCCCAGAUGGAGGAGACAGUGAUAAAGAAAGACCAAGAUAUUGAGAUCCUGCGGGAUACCCUCAAAACAAAAGAGGAAGAAUCUUUUAAACUGAUAAAAGAGCUUAAUGACAGGUGUCAAUUGCUUCAACAAGAAAAAGAGAAAGAGUUGUUGGAGACCAGAGGAAAAUUCCUAAGUAUGAAUGCUGAAAUAGAAGACUUGAAGAAAAAAUUUUGUUUAGAAGAGCAAGAACACCAAAAACUGCUUCAAAAAUGUGAGGAGAUGGUCUCUCAGCUGGAGCAAGAGAAGGAGUCAUCUGCAUCAAUGCACCAGAAGUUACUAGAGUUCCAAGAUGAGGUAACAAAUGAGAGACGUAUUCUUGAAGAAGAGCUGAAUGAUACCAUGAACAAGCUGAACAAACUGCAUGCUCAGGAGAAGAAAGCUGGAAAGUUGGUGAAGCGGUUGGAACAAGAAAUCAAAUCUCAAGCUCUUGAACUUUCAGAGAUGGAAGUAAAGCUGAAAGGGAAGAAUGCUGAGUUGGAGCAAAUCAAUGAAAUGCACAGCAAAGCUGUUCUGGAAAUCCAAGAAGAGCACAGCAAUACAUUGCGUAAACUUGGAGAGACUGUUGCUGAGUUUGAAAGUUACAAGAAGACGAUAGCUGGAGAAAUAUGUGGUCUUAAACUGGAGAACACUUCUCUGCGGGAAGAAGUUGCCAACCUAAAAAAAGUAGGCCAAGAUAAUCUACAGCAGCUUCAAGAAGCAGAAAUCACUAAAAACAAAGCAAAAGAAGAAUGUGCAAGGAUGCUUUUAGACAUCCAGACAAAGCUUGCACUAAAAGAAGCGGAAACGGAGAGAACAAGAGAGUCUUGCCUUGCACAAAUGACUAAACUUCAGGAAAAACUGGAUGAGCAAACUGAAGAUCUGAAAAGAAAACUCGAAGUGGAAAGAUCAAGGAAAACCGUAAAGGAAGAUGUGACCUCUAGCUUAAAAGAAGAGAUAAAGACCUGGCGUAAUCUGUAUGAGGACUUGUGUAACAAAACAAAGCCUUUUCAGCAACAACUAGAUGCAUUUGAAGCAGAGAAGAAUGCACUCUUAAAUGAGCAUGGUGCUGCCCAAGAAGAACUGAAUAAGCUAAGUGAUGCAUAUGCUAAACUACUUGGCCACCAGAACCAGAAGCAAAAAAUCAAGCAUGUUAUGAAGCUGAAGGAAGAGAAUGCCCACCUAAAGCAGGAUGUCUCAAAACUGCGUGCAUUGCUAGCCAAAGAAAAGCAAAGCAACAGACAUCUUCAGGAGCAACUGCAUGCAAUUCAGGGCAUUCGGCGUUUCGAUCCUUCUAAAGCUUUCCAGCAUGACAGCAAGGAAAAUAUCCCUCCAAAAACUCCUUUUAGAGAAGGUAAUAAAAAUAAAAUUUAGUCUCUCGGUACUAAGAAAAAUACCUUAAGUUGCCAAUAAACUCCCUCAUGUACUACAGAAGACUUCAACAGACUACUGUUCAAGGUGAACUUGUAUUAUAUACAGCAUCCAACUUAGUGGGAGUACUAGAGAAAUGGUCUAAAACUAUGUAUUUUUUUUAGAAGAACUAUGCCUGGUUAUGCUCUUACUGAGAAGCCAUGAGCAUACAGGUGACUGUAUGUUCCAGGUGCCUGGUAACAUCAUUGCACUCUUUAACUCACCAAUUCAUGUUUUUGUAUGCUGGAGCUGCUUAGCUUGGUUUCGACAGAGAAACUUAAGAAAAGGUGAAUAAGCACUGAAGAGUAAGGAUGAUGCAUUAAAUUUAGUUUCAUGAAAGAUGGGGUUUUUUUUUUAUUCUAUCUCAUGUUUUUUUAAUGUUUAAUUUUGCUAUUUAUGAUUGUUUCAAUACCAGUGACGACAAUGCUGCCAGGAGACACACUCUCCUCUACAGCCCAAACAAUAUAGAACCAGUGUAGAAAACUGGACUGCACAGUUUUGAUAUUCUUAAUGGGAUCUAUGUUCAGGACAUGCUAAUUUCAAUCUUGGGGCUGGAUACUGCAGCUGUUGAUCUCCAAAAGAGGAUUUGCUGCUCAAACUCUAAUUGACUGCAUUUAGGAAAAUGUUUGCAUACUGAUGCUAAGAUUAGUGUCUUCAGAGAUCUGUCUCUUUUAUGAAUGCUGAGCUCACUGGACUCCCACAUUGUCAUAACUUUGUAACUGUUGUAAUUGACCAAUGCUACCUGAAGGGGAAUAACAUCAGAACUUGUCUUAAUGGGGUGGGAGGAUCCCUGCUGUGUACACACAUUCGUUGUACAGACCUGAAUUUUGGCAAUGUGGGAAGAAUCUGUUCGCAUCUAAAAUUAAGAAUGUUUCAGCACAAUAAAAAUUUUAAAUUAAA